AUGAAACCGCUGAAUCCAAUUCAUGCCAAGGAGCUGUUUUGUUGGCAUGCUUUCCUACAACAAUAUCCAAGAAAUGAAUUUGAGGGACUUUUUAAAAAAUUCUUAGAAGCUUGUAGUGGGUUACCGCUGUCUCUUAAAGUCCUUGGUGGACAGCUUUAUGGAAAUUUCAGGAGAGAUCACUGGGAGGCAGAGUUGCAGAAAUUCUCUAAGAUAGUACCCAAGGAUAUAAAAAAUAGGCUCAAAAUAAGUUAUGAUGCAUUAUAUGAUGAAGGGAAAGAGGCAUUUUUGGAUACUGCGUGUUUCUUUAUUGGAGAGAAAAGCAAUACAGCAAUUGAAAAAAGGAUUGGCCUUCGAGGAAUUGUGGCCAGCCCAUUUCGAACGGAGUUGGACUUCGAAGAUAGUUUGCCUCCUGAGGAGUUUGGUUAUUGCUCAUCGCACACUGAACUUAUGGUUAACACAAACAGAGGAAUUUGGACACUGGCGCCAUCUAUACUUGGAUUAAAAAUUAUUGUGGCUCGAGGUCAGAAUUUAAAUCAUGUAAUUAGUGAAGUAUCAAGAGGUUUGGUCUGGCUCCGCUGGUUCUAUAUUGGGCAGAGAAAUCUUCAGUCACUAAGUCUCCUGAAAAAUUUAAGGAUUUUAGAACUCUAUGAAGAUUGGAGGCGUAAAAAACAUCACUUACGAGAGCUUUGGGUGGCUGAAUCCGCUGCUCCUUUGCAGUUAAGAGAGUUGGUUAUUUAUGGCUGCCGAGAAUGCCAAGGAUUUCCAAAGACAAUAGGAUAUCUCAAGCAUUUGAAGAAAAUAGUCCUUGAUUCGAAGGCUUUCCGGAUGAUGAAUGUGGUGAGUCUUCCAGAAGAAUUCUGCCUUCUACAAUCGCUGGAGCAUCUGGAAUUAAAUCAAUGUGUUGAGCUGUCCUCACUGCCUAACAGAAUCGGCAAUUUGAAAAAUCUGCGUCAUCUAGCUUUAGGAGGGUGCAACAAAUUGGGGAGGUUGCCAGAUUCUUUUAAGCACUUGACGCUUCUGCAACAUCUGGACUUAAGGGGAUGUGGUAAUCUUACCUUUAUGUCGGACAUUAUGGAAAAAAUGUCAAAGUUGCGAUCAGUUGGAAGAGUUGCCUCUUCACAUCACAAAUCAGGCGUCCUUGAGACAUCUCUACUUAAAAGAUAUGAAGAGGUUAACAGAGGUUCCAAUGAAGAUCAGUCAACUGAGCAAGUUGCGAGAAUUUGGCAUUGGGAGUAAGUCGUUGAGAAGCUUGGCUACCUCUCUUGGAGAUUUGUCUUCCUUGUCCGAACUUCACAUUGAAGGAUGUGAAAUGCUGGAAUUUUUACCAGACACUUUGGGGAGUCUUAAUCUCUUAGAGACAUUAUAUAUAACAUCUUCAGGAGUAAAGUUUUUACCGUGCAGUCACCUGAAUAAUCUUGAAACAUUGUCAAUAUGGAAUUUACCGGUCAGAGAAUUGGAUCUUGGGAAGGGAUCUUCUAGUUCUUCUUUGUGCAAGCUGAAGUAUAUAUAUAUCUACAAGGAAAUGAAAUGUCCAGGAUUUCCAUCUCAGAAGACUCUUGUCCCGGUUUUUUGCUGCUCAUGGUUGGAAAUAAUGACCAUCUAACAGAGAUAGAAGUCCUACCAAGGACAGUCAGUGGCCUGUGGAUAAGUAAAUGUCCCAAGUUGUAUGCGCUUCCCAGUUUUGCUCAGUUACCUUCUCUCCGAGAAUUUGAACUGAGCGGUUGCGACUUAGUGAAGAAAAUACAAGGUUUGCAACAUUGCAGAGCAUUGGAGGUGUCUAAAGCAGAGACAUGGUGGGAGGUGUCGGAUGUACCAAGUUUGUGGUGCAUGGAAAGAUUGAGGACGGUGCAUCUCAGAGUGACGAGGAAACCAUUUCUUGAAGGCUGCAUUCAAAGAGUGCAGAUAUUGCCCGGCGAAAUAAUAGUUUGUGCGCCCGCGGUCCGAAAUGCGGCCUCACUUGUAAACUCCUUGGCCUUUCCGACUCUUUCUCUCAUUGACUCCUGCUCUAACGUGAAAAUUGGUUAGCGCCCCCCGCCUGAAUUGGUACGGAAGCAGCCCACCGAUAGCAAUGCCCUUAUUGUAUGUUUUGUUAUUAAUUGUGUUGCUCCGCAUAUGAAUUUCCUGACUAUGGAUGGAAGAAGAGAAAUGGAUGACACACUUUACAUUGAUUGGGAUAUGUUUUCCACAAUGUAUUCUACAGAGGUAAAGGACAGAAAAUGGGUAUUGAUAUCUGUCUUCACACCACGCUCCAAAUGGUACACAUCAAACAGGUAUAAGAUAUUGUCACGUCAUGGAGGCGAAGUGGAAAGAGGAUUGUUUAUGAUGGGAGAAGAUCAUAGAGUUUGGGAAGCUUUCCUCUGCUUAUGGGGAUUGAUGGAAAUUUUAUUUUGCCACAUUUAACCCUAUAUACCUACUCAAAUUUCAUGUAGAAAGGAGAUGAUGCUUUUCUAGUAUAACAAGAGCUGCAAUGCAGUAUAGUUCCUAUCAAAUGCUGGCAAGGCGGG